UGUCUUUUCCAUAAAGAGGAGCACUCGUAUUUUCAUCUUGAUAUGUAAAUCUAUACGAGUAUAUAUUGGGGCGCGAGAGCCUUGUCCACUCUUACCGCUGCCUUUGCUGCUGCUUCUCCUUGGUCGUCUUUUUCUUCCUCGGCACAGCUCACAGCCCAGAACAAAAGCAAACAUGUCAGAAAAAAAGAUGUCUUCCAGCCGCCGGCAUCACUUGAAGAGUUUGAUCCUUUCGAUCGCCUUCAACUGGAUCCAGCAGGAGAAGAAAGAUCUGGUGGUGGCCAAGGAGAACUACUUGGCCGAGGCGUGCCCCAAGCCCAACCUCAGCGGCGACCAAGCAACACUCAUGGACACGUGCAGGAAGAUUAACGCUCUCAUCGACAAAGUGGACGAGGAACGGUAUGACUUGUCAGUCAAAGUCGGAAAAGCUGACAAAGAGAUCGAAGACCUGAAGAUCAAAGUGAUCGACUUGGCGGGCGUGAAGAAGCCAGCCCUGAAGAAGGUGCGCAUGUCGGCCGACGCUAUGCUGAAGGCGCUGCUUGGCUCCAAGCACACAGUCAAUAUGGAGCUCAGGGCCAACCUGAAACCCGUCAACAAGGAAGUCAAGGAGGAGCCAGCAGAGGCAGUGGGCGACUGGCGUAAGAACAUUGAGGACAAAGCAGACAGGAAGAAGAUGUUUGAGUCAUCUUAAAAACAUUUAUUGUAACCAAAGAAAUGUGUGUUGUUUCAUUAAAUGUUUUUCAAAGGAAAAUUUUCAACUGUGGCUGUGUGACUUCCCACCAACACUUCUCAUCCAUUUCACACAGUUAUGAGUAGGCCUUUCUUUUAUAUUAUGGUAAGUGUUUGACUGCGGUGACAGAUUUCUUUUGUGGAGUGAGUGUCACAUAAUGGAUAUCGCAAAAGUCUUUGAAAAGCACCAAAAUCAAUAAAAUUUUUAUCUUGUAAAUCGAACAGCAAAUAAUUUGUUUUCAAUUUGUAUUACCUCACAUGUACAAAAUUUUUAGUUACUUUGAAUUUUGUGGCAAAUUAUAUGAUCAGAAUACCCUCCCAGAAAAAAAAUAAAAUAACAUAAACCGUCACUCCCAGCUUGAUGUCGUCAGAAUUGUAUUUAUUGAUUACGUACCAAAUUUUGCCAGUAUGUGCUAUUCUGUAUUUUAGCCACACGGUGUCAUAAAAACACUUGCUGUUGGUGUCUGUGUUUGAAUUGUUAGCUACUAUGCUUGAU